AUGCAAUCAUUUACGCCACCAAAUUUGGCUUUUUCAAGUAGUAACGGUGGUUGCGGUGAUUAUUUUCAUUUACAUUUAAACAAUCAAACUGAUCAAAUAACACAACAAAGCUUACAACAACAACAACCAUUCGUAUCGCAAUAUUCUAGCGGUGGUACUUCAUCACAAACCACUGAUAUGUUAACUAAUCAUAGUCAUAAUGUGAUUAGUUAUCAGCCACAGUUAGAAGCACCAUCAUCACUGAUAACACCAGCAUUGGAUUAUACCGUAAGUGGUGAUAACUUGGAAUAUAUGCUAAGCAAUUACUCGUCCACGAUCUCAUCCGCUGCUUCCGUUGCGUCAACGGGAAAUGAGGUACGAUCAAAUGUUGCGGAACAUUUACAACAGCAACAAUAUACGGGACAAACUGGUGCUAAUAAUACAUUACGAACCGAUGAUGUAAUUGUUGCUAGUGUUGUUACCACUAGUAAUACCGGUAAAGAGGUACCACAAGUUUCGUGGUAA